AAUCAAACAUCAACCGAACAAUUACAACUCACAAUACAAUCAACUAUCCCAAUUCCUAACAUUCUCGCAGCUCACAAUCUAUAAAGCAACCUUCCAGCCCAUCGCCAUUCCCUCAUCCACGCAGCCUCAAACAUGCCAACCAAAAAACGAUCACGCGCCUCCUCCGACGACACCACAAGAAACCCCAAGCACUUCGCCAUCCUCAAACCACAAGUCAAAAACAUCUCCAAACGCGCCAUAAAAUCCAAAUGGACGAAUCUACCCGAAUCUGCACAGGAGAAAGUACGCGAUAUGUUCCGAGCCGUCGAGAGACCGGUUAUCAUGCUGCAGCGUGAUGAAAGGAAGCGCGUCGAGGCGCAGACUGCGCUCGGCGCGGUGGUGAGAACGCUUGAGCGAAGACUUCCGCGAAUGCCCUUUCCGCCGCUUGCGAAGGAUGCGACGUUUGAUUAUGAGGCAGCGCUUAAUGAACAUCGCCUCUUAGACGCUCAGCUAUCAACGGCGACGAACGCGAUCGACGUACUAAAGAUGGAGAUAGAGAGAGAGGAGGCCCUCCUUACGAAAGAAACUAAAUAUGUUGAGGAGAUGGAAAAGAACGCCAAAAAGGCCGAGGUUGAACGACGACGGCAAAUGAAGAAUGAACAUCCCGUGCUACGCCAUAUUGAUAAUCUGUCGCAACAUGCUGAUAGACCUGCGGCGCCGUUUGUUGUGGAUGCUUCUCGGCAGGAUGACGCGACGCUUUGCGAGAUUGACCCGGAUCCGGAGCUGCAGUCACUGAUCACGCAGUUGAAUGGGCAUCUCAGUUCAAUGAGUAAUAAUUUUGGGCCAUUUGCGGACUUAAGGGAGAAUAUUGCGCGGGCGCAGGCGUCGUUGGAUUUACUCUUCAUCCCGGCGGAUUGAGUGCCUACAUCGCCAAAUAUUCUAAGUUGAAACAGAGCAGAAUGUGCUAUAUAGUACUUCCGAAAAUUGGUGACACCACAUACACUUGUUGAUUAUUUCUCGAAACCUAAUUACUAAUAUCCACUAGUACAUAUUUGGAGUUUAUCCGAAAAUCCCCGUCAAUGGGGUAUUAUGUUUACAAGAGUAGCCGGGACUGUGGCGGGUGCAUUCACUCGUAUCGUUAAUACACACCACCACCUCAACUUCUCCCAGGUCUAUAGUCCUCAUAUCAUCCCUCGCAACCGCUGAAAGAGUGCAGCCUUGAGACAUGGCGACUUUACCGGUGACGAUCCCGGUCAACCGUGAGUUCAGCUUAAGAGAGCGAAUUGCGG